AUGCCAGUUGAAAUAACAACAAAGACAUCAUCACAGCCACAACCAUCACUCCUCAAUCUGUACAGAUUGUGGCAGAGUAUUUGGUUGUCUAGGCCAGAUGUCAUAACAAACUACACCUACACCAACUCACAAACAAAGAAUGAUAAUAUAAUGAGUGUGGAGGAGUUGUCCAAACAGCUCAGACAAGAUACCCCACAUAAUCUACAGAUGCUUGAUCAUAAACAUUGGGAGAAUGUUGUUGACUCACUUUGUCAUCACCUUCAAACUGGUCAACUGUCUAUAGGCCCAUCCGCUCCAACUUGCCCCGACACUGAUCUUGUAGGUCCAUACAAUCCCCGCACUGGCAAGUGCACGUGCAAGUGGGACUCCAUCCCCAACGACCCCAGUAUCUCGGAUAUUCAGGUCCACUCAGGAUGCACUGCCAUCAAGAAAGUUCUCGACUCACUCGAGUCGGUGGCCUCAAGAGAUAAUGAAUGGCUAACAGACAUCUUCACAGUUGACGACCUUCGUGUGGCCGUUGAUGAGGUGUUACUCUCCAAUACAGACAUCCAGCCAGCACCCACUACAUGCCAGGGUGCCAUCACCAACACUGUCGCUCUACCAAUCGAGGCCCCCAAUUGCAAAUGUUGA